GUUGGAGGUCGACGAUCAGACACAGGUCGCUUAGGUGCGUUUAUCACCCGUGUAAAACCUGGUUCCGUUGCUGAUACUGUUGGUCGUUUACGUGCUGGUGAUGAAGUACUAGAAUGGAAUGGUCAUCAGUUACAAAAUGCAACAUACGAUCAAGUUUAUGAAAUUAUAAACUUAUCAAGGCAUGAUUUGCAAGUGGAACUAAUCGUUUCACGUUCAAUGAGCACACCUGGUGGUGAUGAUUUCCUGAACGUACAAAGACUGCUACCAAAUCCAAGUUGUCUUCCAAGAAGUUAGCU